GCGAGGCUUCGGGGGCGGGCCCUGGUGGGCGGGGCUCGGGGGCCCGGAAGAGCUGGCGCUGGAAUUAGGAGCGUAGGGGCCGCCUCGGCUCCUCCGGCUGCCCCGGCGGUGGGUGUCUGACGCUUGAGCGCAGACCACGCGGAGGUAUCCUGUUUUUCUGUCAAGAACUGACCGAAGCUAUCUUUGCAGACCACUGUCUGUGGAACCUUUGAAGACGGUAGAAUAGCAUUCGAUUCUGCAGGAUUUAAAGUCGCUUCUCUCCAUAUAUCUAAACAACGCUUGCUCUCCCAGAGGCGCGCCUGCAGAUCAAGCUAUGGGGGAAGAUGUUUCGGAAAGGCAAAAAGCGCCACAGCAGUAGCAGCUCCCAGAGCAGUGAGAUCAGUACCAAGAGCAAGUCUGUAGACUCCAGCCUUGGGGGGCUCUCACGGUCCAGCACGGUGGCAAGCCUCGACACCGAUUCCACCAAGAGCUCAGGACAAAGCAACAACAAUUCAGACACCUGUGCAGAAUUUCGAAUAAAGUAUGUUGGUGCCAUUGAGAAACUGAAACUCUCAGAGGGGAAAAGUCUCGAAGGGCCACUGGACCUGAUAAAUUAUAUAGAUGUUGCUCAGCAAGAUGGAAAGUUGCCCUUUGUUCCUCUGGAGGAAGAAUUUAUUAUGGGAGUUUCCAAGUACGGUAUAAAAGUGUCUACAUCAGAUCAGUAUGACGUUCUGCAUCGGCACGCUCUGUAUUUAAUCAUCCGGAUGGUGUGUUAUGACGAUGGUCUCGGGGCAGGAAAGAGCUUACUGGCUCUGAAGACCACAGAUGCAAACAACCAAGAAUACAGCCUGUGGGUUUACCAGUGCAACAGCCUGGAGCAAGCACAAGCAAUCUGCAAAGUUCUAUCCACUGCUUUCGACUCUGUAUUGACUUCUGAGAAACCUUGAAUUCUGCAGUCAAGGAGGAAGUAAGCUUCAUAUUCAGCUGUUUUCUCAAUAGUUUGUUUCCAGUCUACAGUGUUGAACUGUUACAGAAAUAUGAGUGAUCUUUUGCUCUCCAUUUUCUGAAGAAAAUGCAAGUGUAUAAAAUACCAGUCAUUUGUUUUUCUAGUAAAAUGUGUCUUAUUUAA